ACAUUAAUAAUAUUGGUAUUAUGAUUACAGAUUCAGUAAGAUCAUUAUGAUAGUACGCAUACGGCGGACGGCAGUGCCACACUCGUUUCCAACAAGAUCCAUACAUUAUGUACUUUAACACAAUUUCAGUAUACUUCAGUACGUACAGUAUACCAUUCCGGGUACCAUUCUAUUCUGGCACAAAUAAAUGGAUACGAGAUCAAAACAGACUGGAUGAUGGUGAUAAAUAUUGAUUUUUCACGGAGUGCCUGUACAUUGAAAAUCCGGCUUUUUCCGUCCACGUGCGUCGAGUGAAGCAAAGUCUGCCUGGAUCCCAGACUGAAUUUACAACAGUGCUAAUAGCUGGAUUUUCUGGAGGCUGCUUUUAACAGUCAUAGUUUCUCACUGUUGCACAUCCAACAUCAACCGACAAUGGAUACGAGUACAGGAGCAACAAAUAUAACGGUUUAUUCCCUUGCACCAGUUCAAGAUCCAGAUACAGUUCCGAGAAAUCCAUCUGCUCUGCGGAUCCUUGGCAUCUGUCAGUUUUUAAUUGGUGUUGCCCUCAUAGUCUCCUAUAGUCUCACAUACGGUUAUGGAAUUUCGGACGUCAUCGGUAUGGGAUUCUAUGUGGGCGUGAUAAACGCUUUUAUUGGACCGGUUGUCUAUGUUGCGACGAAAUGCAUCCAAAUGGUUAAGGGUGACCGAUCGUGCGGGUGCAUGUUCCUGUGGAAAUGCACGAUGCUCUGCGGAAUCUGCUUCCUGUUAGCGUUGCUUAUCUUAGCGCUGGGUGCCGAUCACGCGAAACCGUACGAUAAUCCGUGCGCUGUCAAGUCGUGUGGAGAUUGGUCGUGGUGUGCCAAAACGACACCCGCGACGGAGGACCGGUCAAAAUCACUAGAGUGCCUGAAUUAUUUACAACUAAGUGCGACACUGCUGGCCGUUAACAAGGCGUUCCUGGUGAUAGCAAUGCUAGUAACGCUAUGUGAGACCAUUGCAUCGUUGGUUUACCAGUGUUGUCUCGCAGACACGUAAUAAAUUUGAUAUUUUCGCUACUUUUUCUUGGGCAUGUGACUUAUCGACAGCCGGCCUUUGGUCUAUUUAAAAUGCGUCAGUUUCUUACCGUGUUUUACACCUGGGCUUCCUUUUCUUUUAACUGCAUUCCCAAUUGCUGUUUUAUGAGCUGUGAGACGAGGCCUCACUAGCGUUCACGCCCGUGGCGCUAGGCGCUACGCCUUUGGAUUACGGUCUGUGUUGUGUCUCGCUUCUGAUUGGCUUGCGCUUUAUUAGUGGGCGCGGCAUAGCACGUGCUGCACAGCGUUGCACGCUGUUGAAUUGGCUCUACGUUUUACGAUCGAGCUGCGCCGAUCACUUGUUGAUUUCUGUUCUCCAGACUUUCAAUAUUAUUAAAAGUCAGCGAUUUACGGUGCGACGUUUGUGUUUCCGCAUAGCUCGCGAUCCAGGUCGUAUCGCUCACUUCUACGGGAUAGAUUCCGUUUCUGUCUCCGUCUGUGGAUCUAUUCUGGAUCUACCAUUAGAUGGUAGCAGAGCCGACAGCGGUUCUCUGAUUUGAGUUGACUGAUCUGAUUCAAUUUUGUCAGGCAUAUCUGGCCUGUUAUCUGACGUGUUUACCGUGACCAGUAAGGCACAGGUCGAUUCCACAGCAAAGCGCAACACCACAAGCGGUGCGAAUUCCUCAUCUGACGUGGAUUACCAGCUUUGGUUUUCGGUACGGUAUCUUCAGCGAAGAACCGUGCUGUUUCCUUAGCUGUGAAAGAGUACAAGAGUUCAGUCGUCAGCGUUCCUCGGUGUAGAGUCUUCAGCGAAGACCUACACUGGUGUCGCUGAAACUCGGCAAGGAUUCAGCGAAUCCUAAGCCGUGGGGCACAAGAGCCGAAACGCCGAAAGGGGCGCACGGGAAAAGACAGAUCAGACUCCACCAAACUGGUGUAGAGCGUAAAACUACUGCUGCUACGGCACAACCGGCACAGUAACCUACUGAUAGCGCGAGGCACGCUACGGAACAGCGGCGACGCGGGAAUCGGAGUGUUGGAAGAAGAAUCUGGAUCAACUGGAUCAUUUCCCCGUGGAACGCGGAACGGACGGACGGGUAACAGAUUGAAGGAGAAAGAUGGCACAAAAAGGUCAAGCCACCCCUAAACGUUCGGGAAUGGCGGCAGACAUCGAUCAGUUUACGGGCUAUAAUCCAAAAUGUCCGGACUGCUUACGGAACAACAAAAAGGUUGAUAAGAAAUUCCCUUGCUACACUUGUAUUCACAAGCUGGAAGACCCACAUGCCGUCACGCUUGUUGGGAUCAUGGAAGCCAAACGUGGGAAUUUGGACGUUUUUCGAAAUCUCAUAAGCGCAAGAAAUUACGGCAGCAUCCCAGUAGAAGAGCGAAUGCUAUUUGAGGAUCGUUAUCGGGAAGCGAUCCGAAACAACGAACCUGGUUGGGAUGACACCUUGGAACCGUUGAAAUGUCCACAAACAGACGCGUAUCGAAAGAAGUUUGAAGAAGAUCAAGAGAAGAUGCGUGUUCAGCAAAUGGAGGAUGAAAUCAGAGCGAAAAUUAAUGCGGAAAAUAAAAGAGCAAAUGAACAGGCCGCACGGGAAGCAUUGCCCAGUACGUCGGGUUUAGCUGCACCCACGGGCAUGGCCAGUCUUAAUGAAGACGAAAUGCAACUUGUACGACAGUCGCUCAUCAUACAAAUCGAAACGUUAACGAAAGAUCCAGCUGCUAUGUCAGACGAGUUAUUCAAAAUGCUGUUGCGGGAGAAGAAACGACUGCAAGACGGGUUCGCGCCGGCACCAUACAUAAAGAAGGAAGUCGAAAGACGUAUGGAUGACCUACGUAAAUCUCGCCGAACCGGAAGCGAUGUGCUGCAAGCACUCAGAAGUUUUAAACGGGACGAAGGUUUCAUUCGACCUCGAUCGCCUCCGCAUAGAGAAAGGUCACGCGGACAUUCACGUGAACAUGAACGGAUUUCUGAAAGACGGAGCGAAAGGUCACGCGAACACUCUCGUGAAAGGACACGUGACUACCACAGUGAAAGGUCACGCGAACACUCUCGCGACCGAGAUUACCGUGGCGGAAGAGGAUGGGUGCGCCAUGGAGAUGAAGUAACAGAAACGAGUGUUCAGAGGAAAAUCGACACGGCAAAGAUCUCAGCAGCCACAAGAGGACGUGAAGAGAAACGGCGUGCGGAAACAUUCCGUACAGAACCCGAGAAGCAAGGACAUCAGGUGCCGAUGGGAGUUGCAUUCCGGAAUCGCAAUGUCAGAAUGUCAACACCUGAAAGGUCAUGGGACAAAAGACGCGAACAGACGCGGAAUCGAACACCCGAUCCACAGGAUAAAAGAUGGCAACAGGGAGCCGCAUUUUAUGCGACCUUUGACUCGGGCACAAGCAAAAGGUCAUCAAGCACUGAACGGGAAGAUUCACCCCCAAAGUAUCAGCGGGUGGAGUCAAUGGUUCACGUCGUGGAUCCAAUUGUGAGCGUCGUACAAGAGGACGAUGCGAUGGAAGGAACCAGCUCGAUUGUGGAAGCGUCUCAAGAAAACGUGACCCAUCGACGAAAUGUGAUUUUGGAUAGUGACCUUCAACUGGCUACACCGACGAGUAAUGAACCGUCGCAGCCUGAGUCAGGAGAGCGACGUGAACUGGAAGGCCAAGGCGAACCGGAUAAUCGUCGCCAAGGUGAUCACCGAUUAAACUCCAGAUUUGAUAACCGACAACCUGAAAGCAUUGACAUGGAAUAUAAGACGACUGAUAUUGAUGAGCAAACGGUCGAAAUUUGUCGAUACUUUGGACUUGAAUCGGACUCGGUUGAAGCCAACAAAAUUGCCACAAUUCUGAGACAGUUGAGCCAAUUCUUACUUGACUCGGGCUACGCAAAAGAAAUUAAAGAGGGAGUAGAAAAGGGAAUUUUUCGUCGAUUAUUCAUCCACCGCGAUUCGGCACGGGACUGCUAUCUCCCUAUUAGACGGAAUGGGUUACACAGUUUGGUCGAUUUGAGCCUACUGGAUGUGCCACUGGAAACAACGGACCCAAUUGGGAUGACCCAAUUUUAUUAUCGCGACUAUCCGGAACGACAAGAAUACGUGGCCCAGUUCGUUUUACGAUAUGUGAAUCCAGCUUUCAAGUUGUUAGCUGCGAGAGCGUCGAUCGGAUUACAGGUGGAUCCGAAGGACUAUGCCGCAAAAAGGAUGGGGCAAAAGGUCUUCGCUGCGAGAUUGGCACAUUACAAGACACAGAAUCAAUUGGUGUCUAACACUAUGAAGGACGACAUUCCACCGUUCUUCCGAGCUCAUGUCGCUAAAUUGGGACAACCGAUGGAACACAUCAGCAUAGCGCAUACGGCUCGCAAGGCGCUGAAGAAGUGUAAGACACGGAUGGAAAAGGGCAACUUGAUACAGCGCCAUGCAUCCCAAAUUGAAGAAAGGAUUAAUAAGAUCAAAGAUUCUCUGGGAAGCGACUACGUCGAACCGGUGGACGGAAUCGAAACGUACAUCGAUGAAUUCCUGGUAAAGAAAAGCGACCGACGUCCGGAACGCGCCCCUAACCAGAUGGGACGACGCGGCAUACGAAACCAACAGCUGCGGGAUAAUCUCGCCGACGUGCAGCGUCGAUCGGCGGAAGACCCCGAUAACCGAAGACUGCGACUAGAAGAAAAUGACGCACGCCAUCGACUUGAGGCGGUUAAGCGAAGUCGCCAAGGUAAAGGUCGAGGCCAGCGCAAAGUCGACCCGACAAAGGUCAUGGAAGUUGACUCGACGGAACCAGUUGACCGAACUUCCGAUCGAAACCAACCGGAAAGCGCUAAGAAACGCCCGCCAAGAGAUGGCGAGGGCGAUUCAAAUGAAAUGGAAUAGUGUUGAUCGUUAGGAUCACACUAUCGAAAGGACGUCUACGGCAUUUUGUCGGUACGUCACAAAAAUGAAAAACGGUGUUGUAUAAAGGGCGUGACAUUUGACAUGUUAACAUUAAUUGUAUUUGUGUAUUUGUUGGUUGCAGCAAUUGUAGCACAGAAUUGCCGAAAGAAAUCAUGUGGAAUAUCUAUUGGGGUUGAAAUUGAUUCAGUCUAUAAAGCCGGCCCCAAGGGAGUAGUUACGGCAGUUAGCCGGCUCUCCUCCUUACGCGAUUCAGUGUUAUAAAGUGACAAGAGAAACUACGGUAAUCAAGCCGGAUCUCUUGAAUACGAAACGGGGCCACAAGCGGCGAAAAAGAGAAAGACAACAGGUGGAAUAUUGAUGAGGUUAACUUAAUGCGGUAACCAGCCGGCCUCAUUAGAGUUGUUACGGUAAACUCUGCCGGCACUCUUCUUAAGCGACUCAGUGUUAAAGGUGAAACGAGAAAAACUACGGUAAUCGAGCCGGAUUUCUCGUAUUGACAUGGGCCACAGGCGGCGAACAAGAGUAAAAGAUUUAAGGUGGAAAUUUCAUGGGGUAAACUUAAUGCGGUAAUUAGCCGGCCCCAUCAGAGAUGUUACGGUAAAUUUGCCGGCACUCUGGCCGCUCGAGGCAUACUGAAGUUGGAUGUGCGACGGAAAGGUCAAACUGCAAAUUUUACCAGGGAGGCAAGCGAAGAAGUGCUUGAAAGCCGCAGAAAAUUGGCUAAGUCCCUCCAUGACCUUUAAUGGAAGUUUUGACGAGUGGGAUGACCUUUGGGAUCAUCAAUUGCCCAACAGAGUCACCGUAUCGGAAUUCAAGUCGCAUGACCUUUGGGACCAUUAACCCAAAACGAGUUGCACAUCUCAACGGAUCAUCUCAACAAAGGAUGACCUUUACUAGGGAGGAAGCGAACUACGCUUGUCUACAUGACGUCCCUCCAUGACCUUUAUGGAUCUCAUUUGAAGUCGUACAAUUGAUACGCACCUUAUUCCAAAGACUGAAGCAGUAUUCUUAAGUCGUACUUGAUACGCACCUGAUUCUCAAGCGGAUUGUGAUGAAAAGUCGCACUACGGAUGCGCGGAAUUGCUCAACAGAGCGGAAUGGGCCAAAGUGCGGAAAACGGUGGACAGGACCUGUGACCUUUACGAGUCAGAAAUGGAGGAUCCUAGUCUACAAUUUGAUUAUUACUUUUGUUGAUCUUAUAACUGUUGAUCUGUUUUUAUGAUAGUAUUUUUGUAAUUGGAUCUCUUUAUUCAUAUCGUAUUAAAAUGGAAUUGUGCCUUAUGGAAUUGAUGUGAUAUGAUAAAUGGAAUAAGAGAAUUUGAUGUUUUCGAGCACGCACAGACACCGGCGACCGUCUUUUCGUGGAUUCGGGAGUAUGUUGGGCCUCACAAGAGCUCGGCAUCCCCCCAGAGGCAUGUGAGACGAGGCCUCACUAGCGUUCACGCCCGUGGCGCUAGGCGCUACGCCUUUGGAUUACGGUCUGUGUUGUGUCUCGCUUCUGAUUGGCUUGCGCUUUAUUAGUGGGCGCGGCAUAGCACGUGCUGCACAGCGUUGCACGCUGUUGAAUUGGCUCUACGUUUUACGAUCGAGCUGCGCCGAUCACUUGUUGAUUUCUGUUCUCCAGACUUUCAAUAUUAUUAAAAGUCAGCGAUUUACGGUGCGACGUUUGUGUUUCCGCAUAGCUCGCGAUCCAGGUCGUAUCGCUCACUUCUACGGGAUAGAUUCCGUUUCUGUCUCCGUCUGUGGAUCUAUUCUGGAUCUACCAUUAGAGAGCUUU